CCUGUAAAUGUUCACAAACAGUAAAAUUUAAUAACAAAAGUAAUUAUGUGUAGGAUGGUAUGGGCGAAUGAGGGAUUCGGAGGUAACAGAAAAGAAAUCACUCUGAGUACAUACAUACACAGUUAAAUAUCUUCAAUAAUAAUUCGCCGAUCAUUCUCGAUCCGGCUCUGUUCAAAUCUUAUUGUUAGUCGAAACAUACAUUUUUCUGUUCGCGUUCACGGUUUUAAAGCUAGCGGAUAAUAGGCGUUUCUCGCCUCCGCCAAUUAGGAGUUCCCAAAGAAUUCCUAAGGCCCUUGACAUCUCCCUCCCAAUAUAGGCGCUUGAGUGCGGCGGCUAAUUCGGACCCUUGGUUAAUCAAAAUCGAAAUGCCCUAUUGUGGCUGAAAAUUAGUUUCCGUACUUUGCAAAAAAAUAGCCGACAUCAUAUUCGAGUUAUAAUCCUGUUCCCGGUCGGCUCGGCUGUCGGACAUCUGGCCGCCAGCACCAAUACUUUAUUGCCUACAUAUGAUGAUUUACCGAUAUAUAUAUAUAUAUGUAUAUAUUCUUAGCGACCGAUGAGGAUGUGCUCAGUAGCGCAUAUUGAUAUAACACUAACACCAAGCUCAGAGCCGACAGUUACUUUGCAAUAAUAGAUAACACUGUACAAACUAUAUCGUGAGAAAAACUAUUUUUUAAAAAAUGAGUAGCAAAAAAGAACAAAAACCAAACGAAUCCAAAAAAUCAGAUAAAAUGAUAGAUCCUCAUCGAGAAUAUUUAGAUAUGGAUACAGAUGAAGAAGAUUUUGGACGGCAAGAGUCACUCGAAGACGAAGAAGAGAUUUCCUUAGAGCCCGAAAAACCAGUAUUCAAUGAAGAGGAUCUGACUACUUUAGUGAAUAAUGUAAAAAGUUUAACGAUACACUCCUCUGUACGUGAUGCAGUGUGGAAUGAAAGUUCUGAUGAAAUAAUACGAGAUUACUUCGAGAAUCCAUCGCACGUGGUGCUAAGCACAUUUUACGAAGAUAACAAAUUACAUGCAGCUUUAAAUAUUCCGACAAACGCUCCUAAAGGAUUUACAUAUUUUUUAAGAUCAUCGUGGCACGUAUAUACACCAGAGAAUUUUUUUAAUACCGUCUCGUUCGGUACUAUUAAUGGAAAUUUUAAAAGUUGUAUUUUAAAGUUUAUGGAAAAUAUUUAUGCACCAACUGUGCUUCACAGCGACGAGUAUUUAUCAUUUCUAAGAAACGAUCUGCUUCUAAAUUUGCACGAAUUUAUUAUACAUCUAAGCGAGGCAAUUUACAAACCGAUGGGUUUGACUAUUUUAUACGUGCCAAAGGAACGUCUUGAAAUAUUUUCGAAAUUAUCUAACAAGAUUAAUUACUUCUUCCUGGGUGAAAAUCAAACGACAACAAUUUCGGACGAAGACGAAAGAAAACGAAAGUUAGUUGGAAGAUUAGAGAAGAUAGUUUGGUAUUGGAUUAGGCAAAUGCAUAAUGUAACACGUACAUUAUUAAUAACUAAAGCAAUUAAAAAUAUACAAGAUAAAGUUAAUGAUUGCAAUUCAAAACAUUCGAACUUGAACCAACUGCGGGACCAACUUCUUAAUCCGGAAGUACGAUUCAUCAUCGAAUUACUGAACGAUUUGCGUUCUCCUAUGGCAAGCAAAUUCGAGGAAUUAAUUAAGCAUGUAGAUGCAAAAUUAAAAGAAACCUGGUCAAAUUUAAUGUAUCUAAACAUCUUAAAUAAUUUUUGCAAAGAUCUAAAUAUUCCAGAGGACGCUGAAAAUUCUGUAACAGAAGCCUUACUCUUAAUACUAUUCAUUUGGACAGAAUCGUCAUUCUAUUCGAGCGGGAAGAGGAUAGAAAUUCUUUGUCAAGCAUUCAGUUCCCAGAUAAUACAACAAUGUAAAGAAUAUUUAGAGCUGAAUGUUGCUUUUGAAAGUGAUCCAGAAAUGGGCAUACAAAACCUAGAAAAGUGUAUAUCUUGCUGCGAUAAUUAUAAAAUAAUUUACAGUAAUUUAAUUACAAAUGUUGUCCCUUGUAUCAAUCUUACUAAACAAUGGAGUAUAAAUGAUAAUAAGGUUUUCGAUCAAAUUGAUGCUUUUAAGCAAAGAUGUAACGACGUCAUCGAAAUUUGUCGAGCGUUAAUUGUAUUUGGAAGAUGCAAUAAAGUAGGAACGAUCGGAAGCGUCAAAGGAAGAGAUCACGAAACAUAUUGGAGAGAAAUUGAAAAUUUAUUUCACGAAAGUUUAGAGGAAAUUAUAGCGGUUCGGGAUAUUAUAUUUGACGUUACAAAAUCUAUAUGGCUUCAAAAGAUUGAAAACUUUCGAUAUAUAAUUCUGCAAUUAGAAAAUAUGGUAAUAAAUCUAAUCAACGAUGUAUUUAAAGAUGUUAAGAACGUGGAAGAAGGUGUCGAGACGAUUUUUGCUUUCCAAAAAUUUAAAAAAAGAGAAAGUUUGAAAGAACUUCUACAAAAUAAAUGGAUACAGGUAUGGAAAAUUUUUAAUAACGAAAUCGAGUAUUGUUAUACCACUGCGAUUAAUGAAUCAAAGGAAGAAGCUGUUAUGAACGUAAAAUUGUUAUGCAUAUUCCAAUAUUUAAAACGUCAAUAUUCUAUAAUGAUAAAUUCAUUGAAUUGGGUAGGAGAGUACGGCGCUGAAAAGUGUAUCUUACAACGAUGUGAAUAUGUAUUAGAUGUAAUUGACGAGAGAAGAAAGAUGUUUAACAUUUACAAUGAAACAUAGGAAUAAAGAUCUGUACUAUUGGAAUCAUAACUGAAUGUAUGAAGAAUUUUUCAUAAGAAAAGUGGAAUAACAAAAUCAUUUCAUGUACUAUAUAGAUCAGCUGUUGUUUAAAAAUUGUACUGUUAUAAUUUUGGACGGGGUACUAUGUUCAUAACAUUUACUUUUAACAUGUUACUUCCAUUUUUAAUUUAAAACAAUUAUUAUUAGGUGACCCAAAGAAAUAUUGGAAUGUUAUUCUUUUUACAGUUUAUUUAAUACGAAAUUUUAUGUUACUUAUAUUUGUUCUGAAUGUUAUAACAGCCUUGUAAUGCAAUUCACCUUGGUAUAUUAAUGUUCAUAUUGUUCUACCUUCUUUCCUCAUUUAAACUCCUAAGUAUUGUAGCAUAAUCUUCCAAAGAUUUGAGCUACACGAAUUCCUUCUCAUCAAUCACCCUGCCUUCUUUCUUAAUAGUGUAAAAAUAAAAUUUUUAAUAUAAUC